AUGCAUUCCUUAAUCUGCAUUGAAUCCUUCCUUUUCGCUCAUUCCUUCCUUACUUUGCAUUGCAUCCUUCCUUUUCGCUCAUUCCUUCCUUACUUUGCAUUGCAUCCUUCCUUUUUCAUUCCUUCCUUACCAUUGCUUCCUUCCUUUUCCUCAUUCCUUCCUUACUUUGCAUUGCAUCCUUCCUUUUCACUCAUUCCUUCCUUACUUUGCAUUGCAUCCUUCCUUUUCACUCAUUCCUUCCUUACUUUGCAUUGCAUCCUUCCUUUUCACUCAUUCCUUCCUUACUCUGCAUUGCAUCCUUCCUUUUCACUCAUUCCUUCCUUUCUCUGCAUUGCAUCCUUCCUUUUCACUCAUUCCUUCCUUACUCUGUAUGCCUUCCUUCCUUUUCACUCAUUCCUUCCUUACUUUGCAUUGCAUCCUUCCUUUUCACUCAUUCCUUCCUUACUUUGCAUUGCAUCCUUCCUUUUCACUCAUUCCUUCCUUACUUUGCAUUGCAUCCUUCCUUUUCACUCAUUCCUUCCUUACUUUGCAUUGCAUCCUUCCUUUUCACUCAUUCCUUCCUUACUUUGCAUUUGCAUCCUUCCUUUUCACUCAUUCCUUCCUUACUUUGCAUUGCAUCCUUCCUUUUCGCUCAUUCCUUCCUUAUUUUUCCUUUUUUUUUUCGCUCAUUCCUUUUCUUGCUCAUUUUUUCCUUGCUUUUGCAUUGCAUCCUUCCUUUUCACUCAUUCCUUCCUUACUUCUGCAUUGCAUCCUUCCUUUUCACUCAUUCCUUCCUUACUUUGUAUUGCAUCCUUCCUUUUCACUCAUUCCUUCCCUUACUUUGCAUUGCAUCCUUCCUUUUCACUCAUUCCUUCCUUACUUUGCAUUGCAUCCUUCCUUUUCACUCAUUCCCUUUUGCACUCAUUGCAUCCUUCCUUUUCACUCAUUCCUUCCUUUGCAUUGCAUCCUUCCUUUUCACUCAUUCCUUCCUUACUUUUUGCAUUGCAUCCUUCCUUUUCACUCAUUCCUUCCUUUCUCUGCAUUGCAUCCUUCCUUUUCGCUCAUUCCUUUCUUACUCUUUUUUCUGUAUGCCAUCCUUCCUUUUCUCAUUUUCACUCAUUUCCUUCCUUUUCACUCAUUCCUUCCUUUUGCAUUGCAUCCUUCCUUUUUCAUUCAUUCCAUUUUUUUCCUUUUCGCUCAUUCCUUCCUUAUUUUGCAUUCCUUCCUUUUCACUCAUUCCUUCUUACUUUGCAUUGCAUCCUUCCUUUUCACUCAUUCCUUCCUUAUUGUAUUUUUCCUCAUUCCUUCCUGCAUCCUUCCUUUUCACUCAUUCCUUCCUUACUUUGCAUUGCAUCCUUCCUUUUCACUCAUUUUCACUUUUCAUUUCCUUCCUUUUCCUCAUUCCUUGCAUUGCAUCCUUCCUUUUCACUCAUUCCUUCCUUACUUUGCAUUGCAUCCUUCCUUUUCACUCAUUCCUUCCUUACUUUGCAUUGCAUCCUUCCUUUUCACUCAUUCCUUCCUUACUCUGCAUUGCAUCCUUCCUUUUCACUCAUUCCUUCCUUACUUUGCAUUGCAUCCUUCCUUUUCACUCAUUCCUUCCUUACUUUGCAUUGCAUCCUUUCUUUUCAUUCCUUCAUUCCCUUUUUUACUCAUUCCUUCUUACUUUGCAUUGCAUCCUUCAUCCAUUCCUUCCUUACUUUCAUUGCAUCCUUCCUUUUCCUUUCUUUUACUUUUUCAUUGCAUCCUUCCUUUUCACUCAUUCCUUCCUUCCUUUCCUUUUCCUCAUUCCUUCCUUACUUUGCAUUGCAUCCUUCCUUUUUUUACUCAUUCAUUGCAUCCUUCCUUUCACUCAUUCCUUUCUUACUUUGCAUUCCUUUUCCUUCCUUUUCACUCAUUCCUUCCUUACUUUGCAUUGCAUCCUUCCUUUUCACUCAUUCCUUCCUUACUUUUGCAUUGCAUCCUUCCUUUUCCUUUUUCUUCAUUCCUUUUUCUUCCUUCCUUCCUUUUCAUUCCUUCCUUCCUUUUCAUUGCAUCCUUCCUUCACCUCAUAUUUCAUUCCUUCUUUUUCCAUUUCCUUCCUUUUCACUCAUUCCUUCCUUACUUUGCAUUGCAUCCUUCCUUUUCACUCAUUCCUUCCUUACUUUUGCAUUGCAUCCUUCCUUUUCCUCAUUCCUUCCUUUCUCUGCAUUGCAUCCUUCCUUUUCACUCAUUCCUUCCUUACUUUCUGUAUCCUUUUUCACUCAUUCCUUCCUUUCACUCAUUUCCUUCUUUUACUCAUUUUGCAUUGCAUCCUUCCUUUUCACUCAUUCCUUCCUUACUUUGCAUUGCAUCCUUCCUUUUCACUCAUUCCUUCUUCCUUGUAAAUUUUUUUCUCAUUCCUUAUUUCUUCCUUUGCAUUAUAAAUCCUUUUUUCACUCAUUCCUUCAUUCCUUAAAUCCUUUUUUCACUCAUUCCUUAUUACUUCCCAUUGCAUCCUUCCUUUUCACUCAUUCCUUAUUUACUUUAUUUAAAUCCUUCCUUUCCUCAUUCCUUCCUUUCUUCCUUUGCAUCCUUCCUUUUCCUCAUUCCUUCCUUUCUUUGCAAAUCCUUUUUUCACUCAUUCCUUCCUUACUUCCUUGUAAAUCCUUCCUUUUCCUCAUUCCUUCUUCUUUGCUUUUGUAA